GAGCACCGCCUUUAGUCGAAUGCUUUACUUCUCAGUGUAUAACUACUUUUUAGCAGUAGUUCUUUAUCUCAUCACAACCAAAUGCAGCACUACGUUUGCCCCAGGAAUUGUACCUGUAAGAUGUUUGCAGUGCCUCUGUGAUAUUGAAACCAGCUGCAAGCCUGCAGAUUGCUAUGGGGGUGAUGGCCCAAUUACAUGUGGAUAUUUUCACAUAUCAAAAGCUUUUUAUGAUGCAUGUGGGUCUCCAGAAAACAGUUGGCAGCAAUGUGCAAAAGAUAAAUAUUGUUCUUCCAAGUGCAUCCACAAUUACAUGAAUAAAUAUAUUUACAAAUGUUUUGAACCAAAUUGCCUUAACUUUGCUCGGUUACACCAUGGCGGUCCAUCAGGUUGUUCUAAUCCAAACACGUUACUAUUUGCUCUGAGGGUAAAUAAAUGUUCAGAGAGUUAAUAAAAAGAAAUUUCAGUAUAAUUAAAACCAAAUAAAUACAUUCAAUUAAACAAAUGACA